AUGAGGCCAUGGGAAUGGGUAACCAUAACAUAUUUCCUAGUUUUGAAGUUUGUGACUUCAAAACCAGAAAUUAGCAAUUUGGAACUCCAUCCUUCUAGACUUAAAAUUGUAACUCUUGAUGAAGAUGGAGUUCCCAGUUAUGACAAUACUAAGUUUACAGUAACAACUGAUGGGAUUUUGUACACAUUUAGGCUUAAUAGUGGAGUCAGCUGUACGGAAAUAAAGUAUGAUGAGAGUACGUUGUGGAAAAUGGAGGAAAAUGAUCAUAAACAUCCGAAAUCAGUAUUGUUCAGCAUUUAUAACAACACGAUUACCCUAGAAAUGAGCAAUAAUUCAAAUUUAGUCUAUAAUUAUGAUCCAGUUCACAAAAUAUUCUAUAGCGAGAGUGAUCGAUACGUUCCGUCCCUUAACUUUACGUCAAAUCUGCCAGAUAAAAAACAAAAAGAAACCAGAGCAGAUGAAGUUUUUACGACGCCGACCCAGAGAUUGAGCUCACCCCGAGCAUAUUGUCAAGAAUCGAGCGGUUCUGACCUUGAAAACGCGACUCCAAUUGUGAUAGAUAUAACAAACAUAGGAAGCGCGUACGAGUUUGACUACUUUAAAAGUGGUAAAAAUUCUAUUUUUUCAGCCAAACAAGGAUUCUCAUUUAAACUAGUAAAAAAGUCAAAAGAUAUCAUAUGGCAGUCGUCCAAAAUGGGAGACUGUGCAAACAAAGUAAACGUCUUAGAUACAGGAAAGAAUUUAGUUGUUACAGUGUACUUAUCCUACGAAAAAACGAGACAGUUUUAUAAAUAUUGUAACCAGUGGGUUGAAAAGGGCCUGAUAGUUAUCGAUAUUAAUAAAACAGAGAGCACGGGGAGUUUCCACUACUCUAAGUAUAAAAAUUAUAAUACGUACAUUGCUAAGCAUAAUUUUUUCAUCUCGUCAGUGAAGCAAGGAGGGUCAUUUUUAUCCCAAGAUAUUAGCAUUUUCCAUGCCAAAGACGAAUCAGAAUAUCUCGAUCGCGUAAUGGUAAGCUCAUGCGGUAAGAUGACAUUGUACUUUGCAAACGGCAACGUGAAGCACAUGUACAAAAAAGGUUACAAUCAGUGGUACGAAAGAAGGCCGGAAGUGAAACUUGACAUCAAUACUAAGAAAAGUGAAUACGAGUUUGGGUAUUCAGAGGAUAACUACGUCGGUACGUACACUCCCCGACACAAUUUCGAUUUUAAAGAAGUAACGGACGGUAAAAACGUUGUAUUCAGAACUACUGUCAAUGAAUAUAUAGAAAAGGUAGUCACCGACUGUCUCGGAACCCUUUCGAGAACUAAAAAUCUUAGUAUUUACUUUUCUAAUGGAGAUGUCAAAUUCUUCCACAGGUCUGGUGACGAGUGGACCAGAAGGCCAUCAGAAAUUACGCUUAAUAUUAAGAAAAAAGAAGGAACGUUCGAGUACGAUUGUUUUAACAAAAACAAUAUUUACGUUUUCGUGCCCAAACACAAUUUCAUCUUUAGAAGGAUAGUACAAGGUGAAGGUAACCUUGUCGAUAUAUGGGUCUCAACCGAUCAUGAUUUCUGUAAUAAGGUCGUACUAAGUUAUGUUGAGAACGGUAAAAACCUGAGUAUCCAUUUAAUUGAUGGUAAUUACAAGAGUUUCUACAAGGACAGUAGUGACAAUUUGUGGGUGGAGUCCUCCAAAGUCGAUUCCGUAAUCCGUGAAAGAGUAGUGACCCUUGAUAUCGUUAACACUGAGAGUACCAAUGAAUAUCAUUUCUAUUUUGAUGGUAGAACAAAUGCCGGUGUGUUCAUGUCAAGAGAGGGAUACCUUUUCAAUAGAGUUAAGCAGAGCUCCACAUUUUCAAACACAGUGAUCUUGUGGGAAACCAACAAUAGUUCAAUUUUUUCAAACAGAGUUGUAGUUUUUGACGUUUACCAACAAGAGGUGGUUUUAGAUAUAUAUCUUGUCAAUGGAAAUAAGCUCCACUUUGAUAUAAAGUCUGAUAUAAACUUUUUCGGUAAAAAAUCGUGGCUAGAGAGAAAGUCAUAUUUGCCUUUAUCAGAACACCCCCAAAGUGUAACCGUUUUAUUAAUGGAUCCAACAAAUCCCAAUAACAUUGUUACAAAUGAUAUAACUAAAUAUGUCGUCAGUGUGAAUAAGUUAAAUGACGUUAGACCUAAUUUUCCUGAUAAAGUAUCCUACGAUUAUAGAUUCAAAGAUGAUGCCAAAUGUGUAGAGUUUAAAGUAGAUAAUAAAACGGUGUGGAAAUACGACCCUGAUACUCAUGAAUCAUUCCCUAUAUCUGUAUACGUUCACAAAUUUAUGAAACUAGCAUUUGUCGAGUUCAAUCUUCAUUCUCUAGAUAUAUAUAUGUAUGUUGAUGGUGAGUGGAAACUGGGUUAUAAUAAUAAGAUGAAAGGAAUUAAGAUCGAUAUCCAAGCCAUGAAGAGUACCAAUGAAUAUUAUUUCUACAUUGAUGAGGAAACCAGCACAGGAAUUUAUGUUCCACUGAAGGGUUACUUCUUCAGGAAAAUUAUGCAAAGUGGUUCCUGGUAUUCUCCAACAAUAAAAAUUUGGGAAACCUUUCACUACUAUAAAUAUUCCAACGCCAUUGUAGUUUACAAUGUCGAUAAACUCCGAUCCACCAUUGUUAUUCAUCAUAUUACCGGAGAGAAAAGUUAUUUGUCUGUAGAAAUGAAUUACGAUUUAAUAUCCGUGUUCGAAACAAAAACUUAUAACUUACAUGCACUCCAGUACCCUGAAAAUAUAAGUGUUUUGACAGAAAAUAAUGAAAUGGACUACCUUGUUUACAUGACCAUAUUGUAUAAAACCGGUAACCCGAAGAGAGAAAUCUAUGAAUAUUUAUUCAAAGGAGCUAAAUGCCUUGAAUUUAAAAUUGAUGAUAAGUUGGUGUGGAAGUACUAUAGCUCAGAGGACAGAUUUCCCAAGUCAAUUUAUUAUCAUAAAGAUGUGGAAAUAGUUCUCGUAGAAUUUAACAAUCACUCCUUCAAUAUGUAUAAGUAUAGUGAAAACAGGUGGAAGAUGAAAUCUAUGGUCUCUACAUUUAGUGAUAGAAUUAUAAUUUCCACAUUGGAUGCCACUGGUAACAUUGUUGAAAACGACACUAGCAAGUAUAACGUGGAUAAAAGUGACAAACACAUUACUAGAUUCAUUUUCAGCGAUGAUGCUAGGUGUGUUGGAUUGAAUUAUAGAAACCACACAAUAUGGCAAUAUGAAGGAGGAGACUAUCCUAAAGUGUUUUAUGUUCACAAUUGUUUUACAUCAUUGAUUAUUGAAUUUUCAAAUGAUUAUUUCUUUUUCUACAGGUAUUGUUUGUCAGAGAAAAGGUUGAAGUUUGAAUUAUUAAGGAAUAUAAGACAGGUCAACUAUGAAAAAAUUAGACUUAUAACUGAGGGUAGUGAUUACCAAGUUAAAAGGUAUGAUUUCGCCUAUGAAUUUCAGUUUAAGGAAGGUUGUCGUUGUUUAGAAUUUUUAUAUGACGAAAAAACUCUGUGGAAAUACGGUGCCGAAACUCCAUUACUAAUAUAUUUUAUGUCCAACUUUGACGUUCUGGUCGCGUCUAGAAAUGAAACUAGAUAUGUAUUGAAUUCUAAAAUAAGAUGGAAAAUGCCAACUCCUUCAGAAUUAGACAUCAAACAACCAUAUAGUAAUAAAAAUUUUGACUAUUUCUAUGAGGGUGAUGUAGGUACAUAUAUGUCCAAACCUAAUCAUUCAUCCAAUAUUGUUAAGUAUGGUUCUGAUAUUCUCUGGGAAGCCAGCGACCCUACCUUGUUCGUUAACAAGGUAGUUGUUAAUGGAGUCCAAACAAGUGUUAAGAAUAUUGACAUAUUCCUCAACAAUAAUGAGGUCGAACACUUCCACAAAGCGAAGGGGAAGUGGGUCUCGGAAACUAGCAUUGUUCUUGAUAUUGAUAUUAAUAGGGAUAAUGACCUAUUUGAGUAUAGAUCCACCAGAAACUUCGGUCAUUUCAAUCCUAAACCAAAUUUGACAAUCGAGAAGAUUGUAAAGAAAGACUUGGAUAUUUGGACUGCUGAACCCGAGGAUCACGGACUCAAGGCAGUACUCAUGGGUUCUGGUUGGAAUGAGAAACAUCUAUCGAUUCUGCUACAAAGUGGUAACUUCGUACUUCUAAGGAAGUCUGGUAAAGGUGAGCCAUGGGAAGAUAUCACUAAUGAAAAGAGUGAUUUCUCUGGUAUCAAGAUGUACUCACUGGAAGAAGGUACAUCCAACUAUCAUCUCCUGACUGAGAAUGAUUAUGAUCCAAUAAUAUUCGAGUCUAGAUAUGGCUAUGAGUUUAAAGAUUCUGUCAAGUGUGUUAAGAUCACAUACAAUGAUACUCUACUGUGGUCACACACUGAUGAUCCUGAGUUUGGAUACCUCAAGGGUCUAUAUCUGGAUCUUCCUAAAGACCAGUUCAGUGUCACAAAUCUUAAAGAUCAGACAAAGCAUCUUACCAAAGUUAAGAUCGUCCUGGACAUCCAGAAGACUCAGUCUACUUCUGAGUUUGACUACAGUUAUAGGAAUGGAGUCGUUACUUAUACUACCAAGGCUGAUUAUGUAUUCAGUAAGGUAAUAAUGAAAGAUCUGGAUAUCUGGACUGCCAAACCAGAUGAUCAUGGACUCAAGGUAGUAUUGAUGGGUUCCGGUAAGGAUGAAGAAAUACAUUUAGCCGUACUACUACAGAGUGGUAAUUUCGUACUUCUUAGGAAGUGUGGUAAGGGUGAGAAUUGGACCGAUAUAACAUCUGAUAGACAUGAUGUUUCCAGACUUAAGUUCAUUGGUGAGAAUAAGGUUCUAACCUCGUCUGAUUACACAGUUUCCUUCGUUGAUUUCUCAUAUGAAUUCACGUUUAAAGAUUCUGUCAAGUGUACGAAGAUCACAUACAAUAAUAAUCUACUUUGGUAUCACACUGAAGAUCCUAAGUUUGGAUAUCUGAAGGGUCUAUAUCUAGGUCUUGUAUCAAACCGUUUCUUCGUUAAGAAUCAGUCUGAUGAAGUCAAGAAGAUAGAAGAGAAUGCUGGGGCUGAAACUGCAACAACAGCUGCAACAACACUAGUGUCUAUUAUUAAACCAGCUGAACCUUCAGUCACUACUGUUGCCCUUGAUAUCAGUAAGGCUCAGAGUACAAAUAUUUUCGAUUAUUCUACUAUGGAUGAUUUUGGUACAUAUAAACCAAAAGAUGGUUAUGCAAUAAAUGUUGUAAAAUAUGGUUCUGAUAUUCUCUGGGAAGUUAGCGACCCUACCUUGUUCGUUAACAAGGUAGUUGUUAAUGGAGUCCGUCUUCUAUCUCUAAAUGAUGUAAAACUAUAUUUGGCUAAUGGGGAUGUUAAAAGAAUAAUUAAAGUGAAUCGCAGAUGGAUAGAUAAAGAAACUCCAUUAGUUCUAAAUAUAAGUGCACAAGCAGAUAUCAAUUUUUUCAAUUAUAACAAUAACAGCGAUCGAAUAACAUUUACGCCUAAACAUGAACUAUUUAUUAAUAGAGUAAUGGCAAAUGAUCAGAUUGUUUGGGAAACUAAUAAAACUAUUGAAUAUGCCACUAAGGUUACACUUAAUGCUUCUGAUUCUCGUCAUAAGGUAUUAACCAUACAGAUGGUUAGAGGCGAUGAGGUCGUCUUUUAUAAUUAUGGAAGUCACAACAAGUGGGCAAAAGAGGGAUAUGAAGAUGAUAAUAAAUCAGAUAAUCCAGAACCUUCUGGCACCGAUGUUUUUUCUGAACAAAAAAUGGUUACAGUAACAUAUCCUGAAAUUCCCAAUGUUCAACAUUACCAAAUAAACCAAAUACCAUCAAAUGAUAAUUUGCACAUUCAAGCAAAAGAUAGGUUUGACAACUGGUACAAUUACACUUCAACAAACUUAGCAUUGAGAACAAACACUCCAAACACAACCCAAGUUGGGUCAGAUUAA